CAGACCGCAGAAUAUAAACCUGUAUGUUGAGAUCGGGAGAAAAGCUAGUGGUGUUGAGCAGGUUUUAGAUGCUAGACUGGCAUCAAGAGGUGCAUGGGCUUCCCUGCUAAUUGUGGAUGAGAGCGGAACAAGGUAGAUACCGUGGAGGCUACCUACAAACACUGGGCUUGUCUGUAAACCACACAGGAGAGGUGGGUUAGUGGGAAGUCAAUGACCCCCCUCAUCAUUUUCAUCUGGGGAAAAGAGAGAAGAGAGUGACAGAGAGAGAAAAGAAAGAAAAGGAAGGUGGCAGUGAAGGAUAGGGGGCCAUCGCUCUCUCUCUAUCUCUCUCUCUCUCUCUAUUGUUUCCCCCCAUUCACAAAUUCAUUGCAUCCCAUUAUCACUGUAGUGAUAUCAUUAUCACUGUAGUGGCGUUCAUGCCAAUUGGAGGAGGAAGGGUCCCAUUGACUGUUGAGGCUGAACCCCUCUUCAGCCCUACGCAGCCCUUUUCAUUACCAAUCCCCAUCUCUCCCUCUCCUCUCCUCUCCUCUCCCUCUCCCUCACGCCCGUCUGCUGUUUUCUCCCGGUUGUUCUUUUCAUUGUCCAUUUCACACUGCUCAGAAGGCAUUCCCUUUUGGGUAAAAGUGGGUGUUUCUGGAGCUCAUUGUUUGGUUCUGCUACAAAGACAGCUGAGCGGGAGCGAGAGAGAGAGAGCGCCACAGAGAGGGAGGGAGAAUAGAAGAGGAGCCUGAAAGAAAAGGGGGGACCUGGGACUAUAUGGAAGAACUGACACCCACUGGAAGAGACAUUUUAAAAGCAUCUGCCAACCAUUUUAAGAUAGCGGUUAGAAUCUUCCGCUUGCCGCUUAUUGUUGGAAUAAAAGCCACAGGCUGCGGAGCCAAAGCAUUGGCGACUGGUAGGUUUGUGCUACAUUCUGUUGCUAAGCAAGUCUCUCUAACCUGAAGUUCUUGUUGAGGAUCACUCACCCAAACUGCAACCAUGAAGGGGGACUCGGAGGAAAGCAUCGAGAGCAUCCGGCCUUCCAACCUGCAAGCCUUCGCCAACAUGUCCACUCUACAUGGCAUGAGCCACAUCUUUGCCUACGGGCACAUGACGUUUCGCCGCUUCCUGUGGACGCUCUCCUUCCUGGGCUCGUUGGCCUUGCUUAUGCUGGUGUGCAUGGACCGCGUCUCCUACUACUUUGAGUAUCCCCACGUCACCAAACUGGAUGAGGUGGCAGCACCCAACCUCACCUUCCCUGCUGUGACCUUCUGCAACCUCAACGAGUUCCGCUUCUCCAAGAUCACCAGGAACGACCUGUAUCAUGUGGGGGAGCUCCUGGCCCUCCUGAACUCCAACUACCAGAUAGCCAACACUCACCUGGCUGAGCCUGAGGUGCUGGCUGCCCUCAAGGAUAAGGCCAACUUCCUCAACUUCAAGCCCAAGCAGUUCAACAUGACAGACUUCUACAACCGCACGGGCCACGAUAUCAGUGACAUGCUGCUGCAGUGCACGUUCCGGGGAUCGGAGUGUUACCCAUGGAACUUCAGUACCAUUUACACGCGGUAUGGGAAAUGCUACACCUUCAACUCUGGCUUGGACGGCAACCCGUUGUUGACGACGUUAAAAGGCGGGACAGGAAACGGGCUGGAGAUCAUGCUAGACAUUCAACAGGACGAAUAUUUACCUGUUUGGGGAGAGACAGACGAGACCUCGUACGAAGCAGGCAUCAAGGUUCAGAUCCACAGCCAGGACGAGCCUCCUUUCAUUGACCAGCUGGGAUUUGGUGUGGCCCCUGGUUUUCAAACUUUUGUGUCAUGUCAGCAGCAACUGCUUCAGUACCUCCCUCCCCCUUGGGGAGACUGCAAGUCCACUCCCAUCGACUCCGAGUUCUUCUCCACAUACAGCAUUACAGCCUGCCGUAUUGACUGUGAGACACGCUACCUGGUGGAGAACUGUAACUGCAGGAUGGUCCACAUGCCGGGGACCUCAAUGGUAUGCACACCCGAGCAGUACAAAGACUGUGCAGACCCAGCUUUAGACUUCUUGGUAGAAAAGGACAAUGACUACUGUGUGUGUGAGACACCAUGCAACAUGAUACGCUAUGGCAAGGAGCUGUCCAUGGUGAAAAUACCCAGUAAAGCCUCUGCCAAAUAUCUGGCCAAGAAAUUCAACAAAACUGAGCAAUACAUCGGAGAAAACGUACUAGUCCUGGACAUCUUCUUUGAGGCGUUGAAUUAUGAGAAGAUUGAGCAGAAGAAAGCGUAUGAAAUUGCAGGGUUGCUUGGUGACAUCGGAGGUCAGAUGGGUCUGUUCAUUGGAGCCAGUGUUUUAACGAUACUGGAAAUUUUCGACUACUUAUAUGAGGUAUUUAAGGAUAAGGUUUUGGGUUACUUCAUGCGCAAGAAGCGACCACAGCGUUGUCCAAGCGACAAUCUGGAGUUUCCAGAGAACCCAACCAGCCCUGGUGUCACGCCUAAUCAUGCCCCCAGAGCACCUGUGACACCCUCCGGAGUCACUCGGACAGUCUCGGAUUCACACCGAACAUGUUACCUCGUCACCCGACUCUAGGCAACUUUGAGGAGUUUGCUUGUUGACAACACAAAACAGGGUGGGACCUGGGAUCUUCGGGGUUUGACAGCAAACUGUGAAAUAACUUCUAUAUUAUUACAAACGUGGUCAGUGAUAAAUACUCAAAGAGUAGUAGGAUCUGUGAAUUGCCUGAAUAGAAAUAGAAUACUAUCAUAAGAAUAAACCACUUUUAAAACAGAACUCAGGUGAUAGGGCCAUAUCAAGGCAUCGACUCUACACUAUGUAUUGGAUGUUUCAUUCAUGUUGCAUUCACUUUAAACAGGGUGACAUUAGAGUGUGUUUGAAUCGGGAUUAAUCAGCCUAUUAAAGUGUCAGCUUAGUAAUGUAAAUGGAAAGGCCUUCAGAGCGGUCUCAUUUUAUCUAAAUUUAUACACCUUUGUAAUCACAGUCCGUUCUGGUGUGCUGAAUAUCGAACCGAGAGGCUAGCGAUGGUUAGCACGUGUAGCAUCAGCAUAUCCAGAUCCAUUCGUAAAUAGAACAAGAGAGGAGGUUGAAAGAUAUCUUUCUGGUACCACUCUUUCAUUUAGUAUACCUCAUUGUGAGUAAGAAAAAUCAGAUUUCAGUGAUGCCUACUCAGCUAUGAUCACAAUGCUCCAAGGAGCUGACUUGAAUCCCAGUAGUAGACUGCUGUUGUAAUUGUUGCCUUGUUGUACUCAAGUUAUUCUGUUCUGAGAUUCUUGAUCAUCUCAUUGAUUUGAAGUAUUAAUACCAAGUGAUGAAAGCCUCUUGUGUAAGGUUCCAAGAAGAUACGCUUUUGCAAGAUCACUGAAUGCCAUUCUUGUUUACAAGUUACAUAUUGAAGAGGGGAAAACAAGUGUAUAUGUUUGCACAAAUGAACAAUCACAAACUUUUCCAUAGAUUUUUGGAAAAUAGGAACAUUGUCCAUGGUUAUGUAUAGUGCUCCGCUCAAUGUUUUCUAUCUGUUUACUGCUGAAAAACAAUUAACAUCAAUGACUAAAUGUUAUUCUG